AGAACGGCACAUAAAGCUAAACCCCCGAUACAACUCCAAUAAUUCACUCCAUCUCCAACUCCAAUAAUUCACUCUCUGUGUUCUCAGUUCUCACAACUACCGCCCACCCUCUGUGUUUUCACAAGUUUAGGCCAUGGAUGUAGCUUUCACCGACGACGGCUUCCAGGCGGAAAGGUUGUUCAAGCAGGGAUACUCCUACACCUACGAUGACAUUAUCUUCCUCCCACACUAUAUCGACUUCCCUACCGAUUCCGUCCAACUCGCCACCAAACUCACCCGCAAUCUCACCCUCUCCAUUCCCUGCGUCGCCUCCCCCAUGGAUACCGUCUCCGAGACCUCCAUGGCGGUCUCCAUGGCCGCACUCGGCGCCAUCGCAUUCGUCCACUCCAACAACACCCCCUCCCACCAGGCAUCCAUCAUCCGCUCCGCCAAGUCUCAUCGAAUUCCAUUCGUCUCUGAUCCACUCUUCAAAUCGCCUUCUGAUACUAUCGAUUCCAUAGACGAAUUCGCUUCUUCAAACUGCAUUUUCGUUACCGACUCCGGGACCAAGAAAUCCAAGUUGUUAGGUGUCGUUUCUAAGGCAGACUGGCAGGCAUUGAACGACAAGGAAGUUACGGUGUCUGACUACAUGGUUAAAUCUCCGGUCUCCUUUCCGUCCAACUGUGAUUUCGAGGAUGUUGCUGGGUUUUUAGCAGCAAAGAAGCUUGAAUUUGUGCCGUUGGUGAAUGAGAAAGACGGGGAACUAGUGAACGUGGUGACGGCGGAUCAAGUAGAAAGAAUCCGAGGAUUUCCGAAGUUGGGUAUGCCGUCGGUGGGACCAGAUGGGGAGUUUCUGGUGGGGGCGGCGAUUGGGACGAGGGAAUCCGAUAAGGAUAGGUUGGAGCAUUUGGUGAAGGCGGGGGUGAAUGUGGUGCUGUUGGAUAGUUCCCAAGGAAAUUCCAUUUAUCAGACUGAGAUGAUUAAGUAUAUCAAGAAGACGUAUCCUGAGUUGGAUUUGAUCGGUGGAAAUGUUGUGACCAUGUACCAGGCUCAGAAUUUGAUUCAGGCUGGAGCUGAUGGGUUGAGAGUAGGGAUGGGCUCUGGCUCCAUAUGUACCACCCAGGAGGUCUGUGCCGUGGGUCGGGGACAGGCAACUGCUGUCUAUAAGGUUUCAUCUAUUGCGGAACAAAGUGGUGUUCCUGUCAUUGCUGAUGGUGGCAUUUCGAAUUCUGGACACAUCGUCAAAGCUUUGACCCUAGGAGCAUCAACUGUUAUGAUGGGAAGUUUCUUAGCUGGAAGUAGUGAAGCUCCUGGAGCCUAUGAAUAUCAGAAUGGUCGUCGAGUUAAAAAGUAUCGAGGCAUGGGAUCCCUAGAAGCAAUGACAAAAGGGAGUGAUGCUAGAUACUUGGGUGAUACUGAGAAGCUGAAGAUUGCUCAGGGGGUCGUUGGGGCAGUUGUAGACAAAGGUUCAGUUUUGAAGUUCAUACCUUAUGCCAUGCAAGCAGUGAAGCAGGGUUUCCAGGAUCUUGGUGCUUCCUCCCUUCAGUCUGCUCAUCACCUGUUAAGAUCAGGAGUAAUAAGGCUCGAGGUAAGGACUGGAGCAGCACAAAUUGAAGGUGGAGUUCACGGGCUUGUCUCUUAUGAAAAGAAGUCCUUCUGACAUCUCAAAGACCCUACACUAUUGGCAGGUGUAGCUCAUUCAAUGUUUCUCUGAAUGAAUCGACAAUUAGUUGAAAUUGGUAUUUAGUUUGUUCAUGCACAACUUCUUGACUUAAAAUCUGUCAAAUUGAAGGAAUUUAUAAUUAGAUUUGGCACAAAAACCGUUAUAUUUACACCUUUGGAAGUCCCAUUUUUUUUCUUAGUCGAUAGGUUCACCACAUCUCUUAUUGUUGAUCAUGAGAUUGUCUACUUUGUUUGAAUGUGCAAUUUGUGAAUAUUAUAUUUGGUGGGGAAGAGCAUUGUCUAGG